UAAACUCCAACCCUGAGCAGGGGAUUUUGAAUCGCAAUUUUAUUUAGUAUUUCCCCUUAAAAAUCUGAUUUCAGGGAUUCACCGACCAAAUCCCACACUAUAAAAUAUAGAAUCGGACUUAUUAAAUUGCUAUUUUUGAACUUUCUAUUGCAUGAGAGGCAAUCCAACGUUUUAUUCCCUCUUCCUUUUUCUGAAUUUGCUUCUCUUAAACCUUCUCCCUCUUCUUCGUUCGUUCUGUAAUUCAUAUUAUUCAGUUGCUCCCAAACCCAAUUCUCCCUAUCUCCGAUUCUGCAUUACCCGCUUCUCAUUCAACCUUUGGUUUUAUCAGAGAUUGUUUUCGCCAUUCGGCUUCGUAAAAAUCACCUAAUUUUCCUUCUUUCCAUAUAUGAACGAUAAGGAAAGGAUGAAGGGUUUGCCUCAAGUCUCAAGCUUCGUUAAGUACUUAGAACCCCGAAACUGUUCUGAUAUAAGAGGUCCAUCCAUUCGUUUCUCAUGAAAAAAUGAUGAAAUUGAACAAUGUUAGUUGCACUUCUUUGCGAUAAUUCUUCUCACAAUUGCCACUAGAAACCUCUAUUAUGGCUGGACGAUCCCUCCGCCUCACCUCCAGACGGGCACCACCAAAGUUUCUCUGGAUCAUCCUACUCGUACUUAUCCCAAUUUGUGUGAUUGGACUCUUCAACCAUGGCCAGAAGAUAUCCUACUUCUUCCGCCCACUUUGGGACAGUCCACCUCCCCCAUUCACCCAUCUCCCACAUUAUUAUGCUGGGAAUGUUUCAAUGCAACGACUCUGCCAUCUCCAUGGCUGGUCCCUACGUUCUGAACCUCGUCGUGUCUUCGAUGCCAUUAUCUUUAGCAAUGAGCUUGACAUGCUUGAGAUCAGAUGGCGUGAGCUUCUACCUUAUGUCUCCCGAUUUAUAAUACUUGAGUCAAACACUACCUUCACUGGCAUUCCGAAGCCACUAUUCUUCACUGAGAACCAAGCCCGUUUUGGGUUUGCCAAGGGAAGGAUUGUCAAUGGCGUGUUCUCAGGCCCGGCUGCGAGUCGCAAGAUUGUUGAGAAUCCCUUCGUACUCGAGUCGGAGCAACGUGGGGCCAUGAAUGCAUUAAUACGUCGUUCUGGGAUCUCUAAUGGUGACCUCCUUAUAAUGUCUGACACUGAUGAGAUUCCUAGUGCACACACCAUGAAACUCUUACAAUGGUGUGAUGGGAUCCCACCUGUGAUGCACCUUGAACUGAGACACUACAUGUAUUCAUUCGAGUUCCCUGUUGAUUACAGCAGUUGGCGAGCAACGGUUCACAUAUAUGGGCCUGGGACGCGCUACAGGCAUUCUUGCCAGACAGAUCUUAUACUAUCAGAUGCUGGGUGGCAUUGUAGUUUUUGCUUCCGCCAUAUUGAAGAAUUUGUGUUUAAGAUGACUGCAUAUAGCCAUGCUGAUCGGGUAAGGCGGCGAGAAUUUCUUAAUUAUUCAAGAAUUCAGAAGAUCAUCUGCAAGGGGGAUGAUUUGUUCGAUAUGUUACCAGAAGAAUACAGUUUUCAAGAGCUGAUUAAGAAGUUGGGUUCAAUCCCUCGAUCAGCUUCUUUAGUUCACCUUCCUGCUUAUGUUUUAGAAAAUUCAGAGAAGUUUAGGUUCCUCCUCCCCAAUGGCUGUUUGCGGACAUUAAAGUGACUCAAAAGUGUUGAUUUACUUGAAGCCAAGUGGGAAGUUUAUUUAGUAUAAUGUUAAUGUAACUUAGUAACUAAUCAGUUGUCUGAGUUGUUUUCCCUCUUCAGAUCAGAGGCCUGAGAUGCCUGGCUAAUGUUAUAUAUGCAAAUGUAAGAUCAUUAGUCUUAUGGUCCAUUUCUAGCUCAAUUAAAUUAUCAGGUAAUUAUUAACUUUUCCUCA